AUGCGCUGCUCCACCCUACUCGGCAUCCUCACGGGGGUGCUUCUCUACUUGGUGCUGGGAGCUGUGGUGUUCCGCGCCUUGGAGGUUCCACGCGAGGAGGGCAAGUACAUGCAUCUGCAGGACACGCGCCGGGACUUCCUGUUGAACUUCACCUGCAUGGGCCCAGACGACCUGCAGACCCUUAUAGAGGAAGUAGUGGCGGCCGUCGGUGCAGGUGUGGAUCCCAGCAGCAACACCACCUUUACCAGCCAAUGGGAUUUGGCCAGUGCCUUUUUUUUCUCAGGGACUAUCAUCACAACCAUCGGUUUUGGAAACAUCUCCCCCAAGACAGAAGGAGGGCAGCUGUUCUGCAUUUUCUACGCUCUUGUGGGAAUCCCGAUGUUUGGUUUCCUGCUCGCUGGAGUCGGUGACCAUCUGGGUACUGGGCUGAGGAAAGCUGUUGCAAAAAUAGAGACUCUCUUCCGGAAAUGGCGAGUUAGUCCAACCAUUGUGCGAGUGAUCUCAGCCGUCCUGUCCAUCCUGCUGGGUUGCGUGCUCUUUGUUGCGAUGCCUAUCCUGGUUUUCAAAGAGGUGGAGGGGUGGACUUAUCUGGAGUCGGCCUACUUUGUAGUUAUCACCUUGACAACCGUGGGGUUUGGAGACUAUGUUGCAGGUAUACAACAGUUCAUCAACCCCCCACGUGAUUCUGGAAUUGCGGGGAGUGACCACUGGUAUAAGCCUUUGGUUUGGUUCUGGAUUUUGCUGGGUCUUGCCUACUUUGCAUCUAUCCUGACAAUGAUUGGUAACUGGCUUCGGGUUCUAUCUAAGAAGACCAGAGCUGAGAUGGAGGAGCUUCGAGCCCACGCCACUGACUGGACUCAAAACAUCCAAAAUAUGUCUGUAGAUUUUCGCAUUGCAGGAAAAAUUGAUGACCCUUUCAAACGGCGUCGGCGAAAGCGACGCCACGGCCCUCGCAGCCAAGGCCACAGUGUGUCAGCUAACGGGGCCCCUGAGGGGAAAGAAGGGCAGCGUGAGAGUCAAACAGAGUCUGGAUCUUCCUCCUCCUCCUCCUCCUCCUCUAAUGAAUCAGGGUCUGAGUCAGAAACACACUCCCAGGUCACUCAGACGGAGCGAGUGCCUGAAGAAAAAACUGCAGAGCCUAAAAAGGAGGAGACUCUUCCAGAUCCCCAGUUGUCUCAGCCUCUGGACUACUUUGGGGAGAACCUUGCCUUUAUUGAUGAGUCUUCUGAUGCCCAGAGUGGUAAACUACAUUUGGAUCCUCUGCUGGAUACAUCACAAUCCAACUGUACACGCUCUCGUCUGCCCAAAAGGAGACGCCAAAGAAGACCUGUUCCACAGAGGAGCCCCAAAAUCAACAGCUCCAACCGUGACAGGAAGGAGCCCAAUGGAACCCCAAAACCAGUUCCAGGCCUACCAGUGAAGCCUUAA